AUGCAGCUUUCAGCAAAUGAAACAGACGAUGUGCAAACAAAUAAGGGUCAAGGUGAAGGUCGCACCGAAACGGAAGACGAACCCGGUGAGAUCGAGGAAGACCGUAUUGAGGUGAGGCAAGACGAAUUGCUGAUAGCCAUGCCAGAUUUGCCGGACGAGCCAAGAUAUGAUUCCGAGCUCUCGGAUGAAUCACAGCCCGUGGAUCCAGAUGCGUCUGAUCGUUUUGUUUCCACUGUUGGAGCCACUUCGGUGAUUGAUGAGCUGGAACAGUUAAGUUAUGAACGAAAGGCGACCACAACUGAGGUGGCUUAUUUGAAACAUCGCUACCUGAAGUUGUGCAGCUGUUUGACCAUGUCACGGGAUGGCGAGUUUGAACUCCUUCAACAAGCCAAACAUUUCACCGUCGAGCUGGAGAAACUACACGAGGCUCUGGCCAAAGAAGACACCUAUCCGGAGAACUAUAACACGCAAACGGAUCAACUCCGGGGGCAACUGUUACAGGCAGAAAAUCAGCGAUUGGAACGGGAAGAGCAUUUGGACGAGUUGAAUUACAUUUUGGAAGGUUUGCAAGAAGAGAAAAAAAUGCUUCAACGUGAAUAUGACCGAUUGCCUAAAGAGGAGGAAACGAAACAUAUUCGACGUCAGCUGGAACAAUCGAUUGAGGAGCUGAAAUCGGAGAAUAGUCGAAAAAGCGGUGAGACCAGACAGCUGAUACAAACACUGAAAGAUGCCCAAGAAGAAUUGAGCAAAGAAAUCAAAUUGACUGAGGAGGCAAAGCAGAAACUGGAAACGUUAAAUGUGAGUCAAACUUAUUUGAAUUUUACGACUCAGGCCGAUACCGGGACCGUGACGCUCCGGGAACUCAUUGCACUAAAACCCUGUUAA